AUGGCUCCGAGUACUUUCGACGACGGAAACUCUCUCUUCAACUUCGUCGUCCGCGACGGAUACGGCGUGAAAGGCCUCGUCGACCUAGGCGUUUCAAAUGUGCCGGAGCGGUACGUGCAGCCGCCGAAGGAGCGGAUAGAGAAGUCAAGUGCCAAGUCUCUCGAGGCUUCACCGGUCGAUCUGUCGAAAUUGGACGGCCCUGAUCACGACAACGUGGCAGCGGAGAUUGUCCGCGCCGCGGAGAGUCUAGGGUUCUUCCAGGUAGUCAACCACGGCGUGCCUUUGGAGCUCCUCGCGUCGCUUAAAGCGGCUGCGUUUCGGUUUUUUGAGCAGAAGCCGGAGAAUAAGGCGCUUUUCCGAAAAGGCGCAAGCCCUAGCCCUAACGUGAAGUAUGGGACAAGCUUUGCACCGGAGAAAGAGAAGGCCUUAGAGUGGAAGGACUAUAUCAGUAUGGUUUAUACCACUGAUGAUGAUGCUCUUAAAUUUUGGCCUGAAAUUUGCAAGGAAGUUUCUCUUGAGUAUCUAAAGACAUCACUAGACAUGGUGAAGAGACUACUCAAAGUUCUAAUUUCCAACCUUAAAAUGACGGUGGAGGACUCAGAAAUUGAAGCUCUCAUCGGUCUCAAAAUGGUUAACAUGAAUUUCUAUCCGGCGUGCCCUAAUCCUGACCUCACCGUCGGCGUGGGCCGCCACUCCGACAUGGGCACCCUGACUGUGUUACUUCAAGAUGGAAUUGGUGGUCUGUACGUUAAAGUUGAAGAAGACAUGGAUGCUGUGAAGAAAGGAGAGUGGAUAGAGAUUCCUCCUAUCUCCGGUGCUUUAGUUAUCAAUGUUGGUGACACUUUGCAGAUACUGAGCAAUGGAAGGUACAAAAGUGCUGAACACAGGGUGCGUACGACAAGUACACAAUCGAGAGUGUCAAUCCCAAUAUUCACAAUCCCAAAACCAAUUCAGAAGAUUGGACCACUGCCUCAGGUGGUGCAGAGCGAUGGAGUUGCUCACUACAGGGAGGUUGUGUUUGGAGAUUACAUGAACAACUUCUUUGGAAAUGCACAUGAUGGAAAGAAGUCUCUUGAUUUUGCCAAGAUAUAG